AUGGCAAUACAUUUGACACAUGUCGCUCGCUGCUUGGAAUCUACCAAAUUACUCUUCAUUACUGCCGAAUGGAGUCUGUCAUAUCCGACAUUCAAAAAGUCGGCAAACUCAACGGGCUUCAAAUACCCCGGCCUCCGGGAUUCCAAGGCACCAGCCUGCCCACUCAACAGCAUGCAACCUGUCCGGCUCCCAAGCUUCGCAGGCCCACGACACUUCUCUGUGUCUCACUUGGAUCCCGCUUCUCACCAUGUGCAUUCUCGCCUUCUCUCAAUGCCCUUGGGCACGUUCAGCAGUGUAGUGUUCUUCCUGCGGGAUGUCCUACACGAGCGCGAACAGAUCGUCUCCGUCUGCUCGAGCCAGUCGCAUACACCAGUAAUCCGCGGUCUGGAAGUUGACCUGUUUCCCCACCGCCCGCUGUGGAUGGUGUAG